ACGGCCAAGAUUGACCAGGUCAGUGCAGCCGGCGCACUCUCCCGCGCGCGCGCGCGCGCGCGGAUACACACACGCACGCAACACACACAUACACAUACACUCACACACACACACUCCUCAUCCUUUCUAUCUCUCAGUCUCUCGCUCGCUUUCUCUGCCUCUCUCCCUUCUUCCUCUCUUCUCUCUCUUCCCCUCUCUCUUUUUUCUUCAUUCCUUCCUUUACCUCUGCCUCUUCCCUCUCUCCUGUCUAGGCUUUCCUCCCUAGCGCCCGAGUUACCUCCCCCUUCUCCAGAUCUGGGUCUGUCGGUCUGUCUGGGUCUGUCUGUCUCGCCCUCUCUCCUCCCUUUUUCUCCCUCCUCCUCUCCCCUCUCCAUUCUUUCUCUCCUUUCUCUCUUAUCCUCUCUUUUUUGUCUCUCUCUCUCUCCCCCCUCGUCCACACUCCUUCCAUCCGCUCUCUCUCACCUCUCUAUCCUCCCCUCAACCCCUUCCCUCUUUUCUCUCUCCUAACCCCCCUCCACCCCCAACCCCCCUGCACAUGAGGGCUUCUCAAAAAUAACCGUGGCGUGGCAUCUCUCUUGCUGCGCCAGCAGAGCCCCAUGGAGCCUGCCCAAGGCUCUCGCCGGCUCCGCUCCUGGUCCCUGAUCUGUCUGCUCCUGGCAGCGUCCCAUAGCUGGUCAGGAGCCCAGGGGGAGGAGCUUCAGGUGCUGCAGCCCAAGGAGCCAGUGUCUGUGGCAAAAGGAUUGACGGUCACACUGAACUGCACAGCGACUGAUGCCAGUCUUCCAGGGCCAGUGAAAUGGUUUAAGGGUGCAGGACCCCAAAGGAAAGAAAUUUACAAUUUCAGAGGAGGCAGCUACCCCCGGAUAAAGGCAGUUGUUCCAUCCAGCAACACAGACUUCUCCAUCAACAUCAGCAACAUCACUCCUGAGGACACAGGCACCUAUUACUGUGUGAAGUUCAAAAAAGGGAAUCCUGACACAGAAUUUAAAUCCGGAGGGGGCACCAUGCUGUCUGUGAGGGCCAAGCCUUCUCAACCUUUGGUGUCUGGCCCCCAGGGGAGAAUAAACGUUGGGCAGGUGGAGAAUUUCACCUGUAAGGCACAUGGCUUCUCCCCCAAAGACAUCAAACUGAAAUGGCUUAAAAAUAACAAUGACAUUACCACCAACUUACCCAAGAUUUUCCCUGAGAAUAAUAGCGUCUCCUACAACAUCACCAGCACAACUCAGGUGAAACUGGAAGCUAAUGAUGUCCACUCCAAGAUCAUCUGCGAGGUGGAUCAUGAAACAUUAGAGACUCCUCUUCAAGGGAAAAUGAAUUUGUCCAGCAUUAUUCGAGUUCUACCUAAAGUGAACAUUUAUCGUGACUUACUUCCCAUGAACCUCGCCAACGUCACCUGUGAAGUAAAAAAGUUCUUCCCCAAUAUUGUGGAUAUCAGCUGGCUGGAGAAUGGCACCGAGAGAGAUAAAAUCAAGAACCACAAUGCCACAGAGAACAACGAUGGCACAUACAGUUUCAACGCCUCAUUCCAGGUCAACAUGUCUUUGGUGAAGGAAGCGAAGGAGAUCACUUGUGUGGUGACACAUGAUUCCCAAACUUCUAUCAGUAACAAGACCAUAAUACCACUCAUAUCUCAUUCUGGGAAGACGGAUGAAACCAAAGAAUCUCAACAGCCCCAAAACAUCUUCAUUGCAGUGAGUAUAGUGAGCAUUGUGUUGGUAGCUCUGCUGAUUGCCACCAUCUACCUCAUCCGAGCCAAACAGAAAAAAGCAAAAGGUUCGACUUCUUCCACGAGAUUACACGAGCCGGAGAAAAAUGCCCGAGACCUAAGCCAGAUUCAGGAUUCCAAUGAUAUCAACAAUGACAUCACAUAUGCAGAUCUGAACCUGCCCAGAGGAAAAAAGAGCGCCCCUCGAGCCGUGGAGAGCAACAACCAGACCGAGUACGCCAGCAUCCAGACCGGCCCAUCCCCUCAACGAGAGGAUAACCUGACCUACGCAGACCUGGACAUGGUCCACCUGAAUCGAUCAUCCAAGAAGGCUACCACCAGACCCGAAGAAUCAUAUUCAGAAUAUGCCAGUGUCCAAGUCCAAAGGAAGUGAACGCCGCCUCUGGGUUGCUGGUUUCAUGCAACGGCGGCGGUGGAUCAGGAAGGCUCUCACUAGAGCCAUACAAAGUUGGCAGCGUACCUCCCAGGAAGUGCAGUGGAAGUGCCUGCCAAUCUCUGUUUACGGCGACGCUGCUGUGUCCUUUGGGACCCAGCGAUGAGGGGGAAGAUGGCCCCGCAUUGCUCUCCACUGUACACUAACUCAUGAGCUUGGUGUGCACUUCCACCAAGGGACCAAGGGCUUUGGGGCAAGCAAAGUAUCAAACAUUUCCAAAUGCAGAGAGUGACAUUCCAAAACUAGAGUUGAAUAAAAGAACAGAAAUCUGGGAAAUGCUGCUCCUCCCCACUGUGGUGACAUCACAAUGGCCUGGGAGCUCAGGCUCCCCUCCCUGCCCCAGCCCAGCCUUCCCAGCUGGGAUGGGAGCUCUCUCUUUAGACAGAUCACCUUCAUGGCUUUUCAGUAACACAGUUACUGACUCCAGGUUCCCCACCCCUGCCCCCAACCACAUCCUUCCAGGGCAAAACAGGAAGGAAAAGCCGACCCUCUCUUCCCCCAACCCACCAGUGACUGCACGUAGCUCUGGGAGAUGGUUCUCCGGAUGCUAUCGUCUUGUCUAGGGAGAGGCUGGAAGGACAACGUUGUGACCUCGUUAGUGAGAUUGGCAUCUCAGCUCUCCUGCUUGUGUUCUGGCACAGACUUGGUGUAUCUGUCAGGAGAAGUGGGUCUUCAGAUUAAAUAAGAACACCCACUUUCACACCGCCUCGUUGAUGUGUGACUUGACGCUCCCCUGGACACCCUUCCCCAAAACUCAGUUGUCACAGCUGUAACUACAUACAGACACACCUCUCAUUUCUAGACCUGAAUUUUGCUUCCAGCCCACACUAACACAGCAAUGCCUCGCUGCUGUUUACUCCUGUAAAUUAAGAAAUGUGAAAUGUGCAAUCUUGAAACCAAGGUGUUAGAAAUUUU